AUGUCCAAACCACGAAGUAGAAACACAUUAUUAUCCUCACAGAAUAGAUCUUCAUAUACAAACUCAAAUAAAGAUGAAAUACUAUCUAUGAAAUAUUCAAUGAUAAAACCUGAUCUACCUAUAUAUCCAUUAAAUGAUGAAAUAUCAAAUCAAGAAUUAACAUAUCCUGAUUUUAUGCCAUGGAAAGAUCAUACUAAAAUAAAUAAAGAAUCAGAAGAUUCAUCUCAAAAUAAUUCAUCUUCAUAUUUAAAUAAAGGUUAUUUUGAAGUUCCACAAGUAGCUAAUGAAUAUUAUUCUGCAAGAAAUUUAAUAGGUGCUACUGCAUUUGUUUCAACUGAUAAUUGUAAUAAUGUAUUAAAAGAAUUAUCUCAACAUUUGACAAAUGCAUAUAAGACAAGAAAUGAAAUUAUAAAUAAAAUUAAAUUUGAUUCAAAUCAUUUUAGAGUACCUGCGAGAGUUACAUUAACAGCAUCAAAGAAAGAAUUAUGGUUAAAAGAUUUAAGUAAUUCAAAUGUGCCAUUAAAGAAAAUUGCAGAAAAGAUACCGCAUGGUAUACGAAAUAAAAUAUUGAUUGAAUUUGUAUGUGUUAAAUUUGUUCCUAUAAAUCGUGCCUUGUGGUUUACGAAAAGUGUAUUAUAUGGAGAAUUAUUAUCAUCAAGAAAGAAACAUCAAUCGAAAUUUACUAGCACUGAAUCAAUUGAAAAAUUUGAAAUCCAUUGGUUACAAGAAUGGACGCAGCAGGUGGUUGAUUAUGUUUAUAAAUUUUCAAAAGAACUGACUACAAUCACGACAAAUGAUAAGAAAGACCAGUAUAUGAAGAAGUUAAGUUAUUUAAUAACGUAUCUACUGUCCUUAUAUGUUGAAUCAUUGGUGGAUAAAUCAUAUUUCCUUACUUUAUUAUUAAAAUUUUUGAGAGAGGGUUUACCUUUGAGUUCUAAAAAUGUUAGUGAGUUGGUCAAUUCAGAAAAUGAGAAACAAGCAUGGGAAGAUGAAAUAGAUUUAAAUUUUGGACAACGUUUAGUUGCAAUUACGUUAAUAAAAGUGUUUUGGAAUGAAAUGAUCAAAUACGAUUAUUUACUAAAAGAAUUGGGAGAGUUGUUAUUACUAAACUAUUUCUUUAUUAAUAAAGUUUCAGAUAAUAAACUAUCCUUACCUGAGAAUCUAAAAUACAACAUUUUAAAAUCAAUUAGUAUCUUGAUUAUAUAUUUAUUCAAAUUCAACACCAAUGCAUUUAUCAUCUCAAGUUCCUGGUUGAUUGUUGGUAAUUCAUUAGUUGAGAUAUUACUUGAAGACUCAUUAAACAAGUCAGAGAAAGAACAAGAGAUAAUACUGAAGCAAUUAGAGAUUAUAAAGUAUAGAAAUGAAAGUUUGAUUUUAAAUACUAGACAAUCAUCAACUGAGGAACCAAUAUUCAUGAAGAGAAAAUCAGAAGAUGUUUUAAAAAUACUAGAAAAUUUAGACAAUCUUAAAUUAACUGAAGAAUUUACCUCAUUGAUAAAACCUACAAAUCUAAAACGUACAAAAACUAACUGGAAAUUAGAUUUGAAAAUUACGUUGUUUUGGUGUAUUACACCUUGGAGAACACUGGAACAAUCAAAUGAAAGUAUACUUAUUAUUUGCAACUUUUUGAAAAAGAAUAUUCAACUUAAAAUAAAUUCCAAAAGUUUAAAACAAGAAUUUGAAAAUGAGAUAUUAGACAUUAUUUAUCACAUAGUAGAGACUCAUGAAGAGAUAAAAUUAGACCAACAUAAAUUAUAUGUAUUAAUGAAUGAAUUAUACCAUUUAAAUAUUAUAUCAAUUGGAUCAUAUUUAAGAAGAUUAAUUGCUUCGGGUGUUUUUUAUACCGCUCCUGGUGAAGUACAAGAUUUGGAAAAUUUACCAAACACAGUCAAGUUACAUCUAGAUGUAUUGAAGAAUUUACCAAUUAUGAAUAAUAGACAAUGUGACAGUAUAUUGAAAAAAUGGUCAUCUUCAAAAUUUGACUUAAAGGAAAUGAUUACAUCAUGUCAAACUCAUGUACAAACUGAGAUCCUAGAUAAAAUUUUUACAAGUAAAUUUGACUCCCCUUUAAGUGAAUCCUUUGUUAAUUACACUUUAUCAUUAAAUGUUGGACUUCGAUUUUAUUUGAUAAAUUGGUUAACCAAUGAAUUUAGAGACAAGGUUAGAAAAUCAUCUAAAUUAUUACAUCUUUCACAUGUUCAAAUUGCCAAUUUGUAUAAUUUUUACGCUAUAUGUGAUAAUUUAACCGUGUUUUUCAAAUCUAUAAUUCAAACAAUUUUAAAAAAUGAAAGUAAAUUAGUGAUUUAUUAUUUGGACUCAUUAUAUUUAAUAUCUAGAUUAGUUUUGAGUCAUUUCAAAUUGAUAAAAUCUAUACCUUCAAACUCACCAAAUCAAGAAGCAUCAACUGGGUUUGAAAUAUUCAAAUUGUUGAUUCAAAAUUAUAAAGAUUUAUCAACUAGAGAAUACGAUUAUUUCAAUUUUAAUCAAGUUUGGAAUUUUAUAGAUUCAGUAAUAGAAAAGAAUUCAACAGCACAUAAACCAGUUGAAUCAAAAACGUCCAAAAAAGUGUUAGAGAAUUUAUUGAGUAAGAAUACGAUGGAAACACCAAUGCAGAUAAAUACUACGACUUAUACACAAGAACAUAAUAAUAAAUCAUCAGAAUAUAGAUAUUCAUCAGAUGAUUUUAGAAAUGAUUUGGAAAACUUGAAAAAGAUUACACCUAGUCCAUUAACUCAAGAUGAGAAGGAAGAAGAUGUACAAUUAAAUACUGAUUUAGAUUUACAUCAACAACUUCUGGGCUUGUUUGAUGGUACACUUGAGAGAACAGAAGCCGAAGAAACUGUCAAAAUUAAAAUUUUGAAAAGUACAAUUGCUUCAAUAAAUUUGGAUAAUCCAAUAGCUUCAACUGAAAUAUUACAUGAGUUUUUAGGUACUACAUUGAAUUCAGAUGCUGAUUUUCAACAGAAGAAGGUAUUCAUUGAAAAGUUGAUCGUAUAUGAUAUUUUUCAAGUUGAAGAUUUGAUUAAAUUAGAUUUUAAAAAUUUAAAUUAUGCCAUUUUAUUGAAUGAUGGUGAUGAUAAUCUAACUCCAAGUCAAAAUGUGUUAUUGAAGAUAACGAUCCUGUUAUUUCAUGAAAAGAAUUUUAAUGAAGUCAUGUCAAUUCUUGUGCAUGGUAUUUUAAAUGACAAUCUAUUACAAAAUUAUCAAUCAAAGGUGUUUCAAUGGUUACAAAAGACAAUAUCAACUAGCAAUUGUCAGCUUUACGAUCAACUAUUUUCAAAACUCAACAAAGAAACUUCAAUAUUCAUUUUAAGUAAAUUAUUUUUACUCAACGAUGAACAAAUAUCCACUAUUGAUGACUUCAAAACUCAUUUUAGUAGCAUUAAUGAGUUUAAUUUUUCAAUUUGUCAAGUAUUAUUGAAUGUUGUCAUUAGAUCCGUCGAUGAAUUAGAGUCAUUUGUCAAUAAUUUAUUACAUCAUAUAAGUUUUAACUUCUCAUCUCAUAAUUCGUAUUUUGGAGAAUUAUUCAAUUUAUUAUCUUGGGAAUAUAAAGUAACAGGUUUGAAAGUACUUGAGAAUGUAUUUUUCAACAGUGUCAAGUUCCAUGAGUGUUCAGUUUCGUUAAAAAUCAAAAAUGUUAAUAUUUUACCACCUUUGAACGAUUAUUUCCACAAAGUAUUAUCAUCGUCUGUUAAUCUAAUUAAUGAUUCGGGUAUACUAGAUAAUCUAUCGACGUUUACGAACAGUUUAUUACAGUUAUUAAAUACUCCAAAUUUAUCGGAUGCCACAGACAUUUCAACUACAAUUACAAUAUUUAUAAGAAUUUUGAUCAUUCAUAAAGAGACAAUUUGUGAUGUAAUUUACAAUGGCAAUGGAGAUCAAACAGUAGCUAAUUUUGUUAAACAAUUGGUUGAUUUAUUAAAUACUGAUUUUUUCAAUCAACAUGAAAAGUUAAAGAUUUUACUAUAUGAUUUAUUAUUACUUAUGAAAGCUACACUUACUACAAAUUUAACGCAUGAACCAGACAAUAAAUUAGAAGGUACAUCACCAGAAUCAACUGAUGAUAAUUUGAAAAAUGAUACAAUUAGCAGAUCUUCAUUACAAGUAUUAUUUGACUUACCUAAACCAGUUGAAGAGAAUCCAUUUAAAAAUUAUAGAUCCGAUAUGAUUAAAUGUUCAAUUAUGUUAGAUGAAGAUGAAUUAAAAUAUGGUGGUGAUGUUUCCAUAUUCAAUGAAUCUGGAUUAAUUUUAAAAAAUAUGAAAAUUAAUAAUGCCAUUAAUGACUCAUUUGUUAGUAAUAUAGUAACUGAUUCAAGAAGUAAUGAAGAUGAUAAAUCCUUUAAAUCAAUAACUAAAAAAUAUUUUAAAAUUACAAGUUUUCAAAUUUUAGAAGAUUCAAGUCAAUCUUUAAAUGAUGGGUGUUUAAAUUUACAAUUAUUCGAUGCCUAUGUAACUAAAGAAAAUCCACAAUGA